AUGGUCGGGGAGUCUGAUGAGGAGGCUGUAGCAGAGGAGUGUGCGGAGGAAGUGUCACCUACGGAUUCAGUGGCCCAUGGGACUUGUGCUCAUCAGGAUCCAAUGCUUUUGCAUCCUGCCUCUCAGGGUGCUGUCAUGCCUCAUGUCACUCUUGAAGUCACGUAUCAGCAGGCAAGUGCGUGCCUGCCCAGUGCCUGGAAUGUCCCGGAUGCGGCGCACACAUAUGUGCUGGACCCUGUACCUUUCCCUAUGGAGGAUAUGCCAGCCCAUCAGGCAGAGCUUUUCUCGAUGCGAAUGCUACGGAGAGGCCAUUUGGACAUGUGUGAUUUCAGUACCUUGCUGGAGCUGCUUGAUGGUGCCUGUGCCGGCCUUAAGCGCAAAUGCGCCAGCGGUGACGUAAGCUCAGGAGCCAUGGCUUCGUUUUCGGUAGGCGCAUUCGUGCAAGGUGGCCUGGGUGGCGUCCUCAAGUGUACACGUGCCUUUCCAUGGACUGUACGCCUGCUAGUGGCUGUUGUGCGCGGCUGCUGCUACAAUCACAGAUUCAACGCUGUCUCGCUGCAUCGCAACACGUUCAUGGCACCGCAUACCGACUCACACAAUGCAAGAGGGUUCCCAAAUUUGGUUCUGCCUUGUUCUCGCUGGGUGGGUGGUGGCAUCUGGAUGGCGGAGGCUACGCGUUUGAGCACGCUGGUCGAU